AUUCAUUCAUCAUUAAAAAAACAUACUUGCACAUAAAUUACCAACAAGCCAUCAAAAAAUUAAUUAAUGUCUAAUCGAUUAAGAAAGAUAAGCCAUUAAUAUUCAAUUAUUAAUUUAUUUGUUUUUAAUUAUAAGGGGAAAGUGAAAAGGAUACCAAAUACGAAACCUUCAAGUAUUUGCUUAUGUUUUAUUAUGACCUCGCUUUCGCUCACGUUUUCAACGCUGACUUGAGAAUUGCUUAAAAUGCUGCUGCUCACAACCUCGUCCUCUAUAAACACUUCGAUGAAAAGAGAAAUGAUUUCACUGGUACAUUCAAUCUAGAUAACUUGAAGACUUUUGUUGACACUUACGCUUUCCCCAUCGUUAUGCCAUACAACGGCAGAGCCAUAGAAAGGGUCUUCUAACAAGAUAACCCCACUUUAUUCCUUUUCUCCAACAGCAACGAAGCUUCCCUUGCAGCUGAAAAGGCUUUCGCUGCUUCUGCUGAAGAAAACAGAGGUAAGAUAGUCUUCUCUAUCUCCAAGCCUGAUGAAAACUUCGAAAACUAAGAAAAACUCGCCUAAUACAUAGGUGUAAACACUGCUUAAGUCCCCGCUUUGCUGCUCGUUCACUCCAGCGACUAAGUCCUUAAAUACAAGUUCACUGCUUCUGAAAUCACCGUUGCGACCAUUAACUAAUUCGUUAGUGACUACCUUUCUGGUAAGCUCCAAACUUACUUGAAGUCUGAAGAUAUCCCUGCUACCAAUGACGAACCCGUCAAGGUUCUCGUCGGCAACAGUUUCGAUGAUCUCGUUAUUAACAGCAACAAGGAUGUCUUAGUUCAAUUCUACGCUCCCUGGGUGGGUCAUGGCAAGAAAUUUGCUCCCAUCUUAGAAGCCGUUGCCAAGAAGCUCUCCCUCAACCAUAAUCACAACAUCAUCAUCGCCAAGAUUGAUUACACGGCUAACGAUGUUCCUGGAGUCAAUAUUAGACGUUUCCCCACAAUUAAGUUCUAUCAAAACGGUAAUAAAUCUACUCCACUUGAUUUCGAAGAUGACAGAACUGAAGAAGAUAUCCUCAAGUUCCUCAAGGAAAAGACUACCUUCCCUUGGGUUGAAAUGAACUAAGAACUCUGAUCAAUUAAUUUAACAAUUUUAAUAAAAUAAAUAAUUACUAAUACUAAUACUAAUACUAAUAUCUCAAUAUUAUUUAUUUAUUAUAUUUAUUUUGUCAACUUAAUAUUUCUAAUUCAAAUAUUGUUUCUGCAGUU